AUGGAGUGUGGCUGCUUGCGGAUAGUAUUGAACCAUGCAGCGUAUUGCUUUCCGCAGGCCAUCCUCAUGUUUGCCAUCACCAUGCCCAUCGCCCUGCUGGGGCCCUUGGAAGAUGAUCCGGCUCUCGGCCUGGACAACUCCAGCAUCAACUCCAUCCUUGCCCUUGGCACGCUAGCGCGCGCCUUCGGCAAGUUCGUGAAUGGAGUCCUGGUGGACAAAAUUGGCGUGCGACCGUUCCUUUGCGUCGCCUUGCUGCUGGCGUCGGCUGCCUGCGUGGUUUUCGCUUCCUCCGGUGGGGCGGGUAGCCUCGGGGUGGCGGUGGCCACGUUGAACUACUGCUGCUCUGGUGCCUGGCUCACCGGGUGCAAGGUCAUCGAGCGCCGAUUCCGUCGAGAAGACUCGGGUCUGUGCUUCUCCGUGCUGGCCACCUGCUCGCGUUUGGGCUCGGUGCUGACACGGCUCUGCCUCGGCCUGGUGCUACUGCUGCUGCCCUGGCGUCAAAUCGCCUACGGCGCAGCUGUUGUCAUGCUGGCUUCCUGGUUCCUAGUGGUCCAGGUGCUGCUGAAGGGUGACGCAGUCCGCGAAAAGGACGCGGACGGCAAGCCAAAGUUGCAGGUGGAACCGACCACGCCGCGUAUGGCGAAAUCGGGGACGCCCAAGUUUCUCAAGACCGGGCAAAGAACCGGCAAGGUUGAGGCUGCCGAGGUGCCGACACUAUGUCAGGUGCUUUCGAACCGAGGCCUCCAGCUGCAUUGCAUCAUCAUCACCGGCGCCACAUGCCUCAUGUCUUUGGAGAACAUGUGCCCGCUGCUUUUAAAAGAUUUGGCGAACCUCACAAAUGCAGAGGUGAGCAUCCAUGCGGCAAUUUUCCCUGCGGGCGUUCUGCUUGGAGUGCUGACGCUGCCGCAUUUGCAUGCACGAAUUACCAGCCACACAGGAAAGCUGCUUUUCGAGCUCGGCCUGCAGUCCGUGGCGCUGGCGGCGGGAGGAUUUCUUACGUUGCUGGUGAGCUUGCCAGCGAAGACGGUGCGGGUGGAGUUCCUCCUCAGCUGUCUGGUCUGCAUCGCUCUGGGCUUGUCUUUCAACUACUACAUCAAGCCUGGCAUGCACACCUUGGAGUUCGGGGAGAGCUGUGCCACAGCUUCCUCCAUGAUGGACACCGUGGGAUAUUUUGCCACGGUGGCCUUCCAGUUCUCGACAUCUGCUCUGUUUCGGAACGGAGGAUGGUUCCAAGAACUGGGUGGGCCUUGGGUACACAUCGCCGCAGCUUUGGUGGGCUGGGUGCUCGUCAUGAACGUGGGCACGGUUGCCCUCUUCCUGGAACGCUACCCGGGCUCUCCGCCAAAGUGGCGGGACCUGCGGGAACAGUUCUGUGGUCGAGCCAUUCGAAUCGGACUGCUCCUUCUGGGUGGCAGCUCCUUCGUCUUCUUGGUGGUUCCUGGACUGCCGCAGAAGUUCGACGGGAGGGAAGCGAUUUCUGCUGCGGCCGCGGUUUGGGGCUCCCUGGCUUGUAGGAGGCGCGGCUGCGGCUGGCAGCGCGCUUCCCGCCACGCGACAGAAGACUGCCAGGAGCUCAGCGUGACGGAUGCUCUCUUGCAGAUGCCAGCAGAGUUAGCUGCAUUUAGGGCAGCUUUGGCGCGAAGCUGCGACAAACCGGCGGAUGUGGAGGCCGCGGUUGACGGUCUGAGUGAGUGGCGCUCCUCUUUAGUUCGGGGGCAGGUGCCCGAAGACAGCAAGCAUACCUGGCCUCCCGAGCCACUUCGCAGACAGCUCUUGAUGGGUAUUCAGGACAUCGAUCUUCCGACGCUGUUGUCUGAGCAGCCCGAGCUGGUCGACACGGUUCUGCUGAACGUCCUGCAAGCUGUGGAGACUUUUCAGAAGGCGGUGAAAGCUUCUGAAAGCGACGGGGAUUCGCAAUCAAACAGCAGCCCCUUCCUGUGGUCCUUCCUUUCCAGUGCCAGCACGGCAGAAGAGUCCGGAGACGGCUCUGAUGCCGAGCCAUCAGAUUCUGGGCUCCCAGAAGCUGCAGCUGCAGAGGUCAGCGCAAGGUCCAUCUCAGAUACCGACUCCGGUGAGGAGGACGCCGCGAAAGAUGGCGAAGUCGAGAACUUGCAGAGCAUCCAGGAGGACCAGGAGGGGCAAAGUGCCGAUGGCUCGCAGCAGCAGCUCGAGGCAGAUGGAGAGGGGGAGGGCAGUGGGUCGGAGGAGUCGCUGGCAGAGCAGCUGACGCGUCAGUUUGUGGAGACCUGGCGGGAGCUGGCGGCAGAGGCCGCGAAGCCUCGCUUGCAGUCCUGGGCGCCCUCGGAUUCCGAGGAGGGCUCGGAGUCCGCUUCGAAAGAGUCCUUCGCCGCAUGCACCGGCACGGAGCCGGGCACUGUGUCCGAGCCCGUGGGCUGGGAGCACCUCCUGGUGCUCAGGAAGAUGCUGGGCCGACUUCCUGAGUUGAAGAGCCUCGUGAAGAGGAUGGGUCGGCGCAGCGGCCUCAACGCCUCCCUGCGCUUCGACCGGGCCCAGCGUGCGAAGUCGAAAGAGGCCGAGGGCGUCGUGCGCUCCGACCGCAGCCCCUUCGAGACCUCGGGCAUCACUCGCUCCGAUGGCAGCCUGCUUUUGCUGCCCAGCGAGCUCUCCCUCCUGGCCUACGCGAACGCCCAGCCGCCGCGGCAAAGCUCCGCGGGCGCCCGGGCGCUCUUCCGCCUCAGGCGCGCUGAGGCAGCCCUGCUCAGCUACGAGCGCAGCGCUUGGGUCGAGGAGGAGGCGGAGACGCUGAAGUGGAGGGAGUUCCGCCCGGCCCAGGAGAGGGGACCCCUGAUCUGCUGCGUGGACACCUCUCGGAGCAUGGCGGGAAGGAGAGAGGCGAUUGCCAAGGCAGCCGUGCUGGAAGUCUUGAUGCUCGCUGAAGCCGAGAGGCGUCCCUGCUACCUCUACUUCUUCUCAGGCCCAGAUGACCUUGAAGAGCUGGAAGUCCCACUGGCACCCAUUCCGGCGCCAGCUUGGCAGGAUGUUCUCGCGUUCCUGAGCAGAUCUUUCGGUGGCGGGACAGACCUGGAGACGCCCCUGGCUGCCAGUGCGCGGCGGCUGCGAGACGAGUGGCGCACGGCUGACAUCUUGCUCGUCACCGAUGGUGAGGUGGAGGCACCUUCCCCUCCUCUGCUGGAAGAGCUUCAGCUGUUGCGCGAAGAUGGCCUGCGGGUCUUUGGCCUCACGGUUGCUGAACCCGGCCAGGAAGAGUCUGCUGGGAUGGCGACUUUGGCCGAGGUCUGCGACGAGGUUCAUCGUUUCGAAGCUCUUGGCCGAGUUCCCUUGCGGUGGAGACCCUCAAAGAAGAGUGACCAAGCUGCAGGGUGA